AAACCUCAAGUGUGUCACACACAACCAUGGCAGCAUUAGCCAAGGAAGUUAGAAUCCUAUUGACAGGACCUGAAUCUAGGUUCUUCCUAGCAUAUAAGCCUACAGGAUGGUAUCUAAAUGCACCCUUUAGCCAAAAAGGAAAUGAUGCUGUCAUGGCACCUGUGGUUGCCACCAAGCUAGGAAUAGACCUGAAUAAAAUCACCUUCCCAAGUAAACUCACAGCAAGUCAAAGCGGAAUUGUUAUAGGAUGCACAGAUGAUGCCAUGCAUAAGUAUAUACGCAGACUAUUGGAAUCAGGAAAGUGUAACAUGACAUACCAAUGCAUAAUACACGCAAACAAGAGCUAUAAAGCACUAGUGGCCAAAUCUAAAUUUAAGCAUUCAUUUAGAUGUUUCAAUCAUAAAAAGGAGAUAACAACAGGAAAAUUCAAUAUUGAAGUAAAAUCAAUAAAACAACACCCAAAACAUAUUAUAAACAAUAUACCAAAUGGAGUACUAAAGCAGGGUAUCGCACAACUUAUCGCAAUGUCAAAUACAUGUAUAGUAAAGGAUAUACCGAGCCACUCACAAAACGGAAGUAUGGAGUCGUCCACAGAAAAGAGUAACUUGAAUCUAGAUACAAGGUUCCAAGAAAAUUGCCACACUAUAGAAUAUACAAUGCAAAAUCUAAAGACAUAUUUAAAUAGUAACACAAAAUCCAGCAAAAUGGCAAAAUAUAGAUAUAUGGAAAUAAGCACAAACUCCCAAACGAUUAACAGGAAUAUCGCACAAGUACUGGCGGCACUAGGAUUAAUAGUCGUCAAUAAAAAUAUUAACAGCAGUCAUAACGCAGUCAAUACGAUGUGCCUGCAACUAUGUACAUUGCAGUUGCAGCAUCCAAUCCACAAACAACAGAUAGUAGAAGCUAAGCUGCAUAAAGAAAAAGUUCUACCAAAGGAGUGGAUGGUCACUCUCCACGAUGACGAGACAUGAACUCACGCA